GAGCGGUUUGGACUGUUCAAGUUAUGACGUCAGUGAACAGUGAAGUUACUUCGACGAAACUGAAGUUUAGUGUUGAUAGUAUACUAGGUAACGAAAUUGGUGCUCGUCAGGGGUCGGAGGCAAGACCUCAGGAGCCUCCGUGUGCUGGAUGCGUGGCUGCACUGUACAGGUGCUGCAGGGAUGAACCGUCUCUACUGCCACUGCAGUUAUCUAUGCCGUAUGCACAUUUGCAUCCAGCAUUGAGACCUACUACAGUAUACCGUCUCCCCCUACCAUCAUCGUCACCCCCGCAGCCGUCGACGACGCGGUGUGACGUCACAUCUAGUGGCAAACGGAAACGGUCGUGGUCUAGAGCAGUCUUCAGCAACCUUCAGCGGAAAGGACUUGAAAGACGCUUUCAAAUACAGAAAUAUAUUACGAAGCCCGACAGGCGGCAGUUAGCUGCCACAUUAGGUCUAACAGACGCUCAGGUGAAAGUUUGGUUUCAAAACCGGAGAAUGAAAUGGCGACAUACAAAAGAGGGCCGAGCUGGUUUGAACUCCGUCGGCACUGGUAAGGACCCCGAUGCAGCAGCAAAUGAUGACAAUGAAGAUAUUGAUGUGGACACGCUUAGCGAUUAGCUAAAGAAGAAGAAAAGAAAAGAAGAAAAGAUAGUGAAAUUGUUGAAACAAAGGCGGGUACACACGCUCGUAAUGUUAAUGUGAACAUAAAAGAAAAGGAGUAAGUGCGGGUACAUCUCGCGCAACAAAUCGUAACUACAAAAUCAAGACAUAAUAAUCCAUCCAUAUUAUGGAGAUGAAGCGCAGGAAAAGAACGCUUGGAGUAUCUUCGUAUUCCCGCAUUCUGUGUUUCUUUGGAUAGAAGAGAAGACAGCCCAUGGAACAUCCCUUUGUCCAAGGAAUAGAAUCAGCCACUAGACGGACUGUUUAUGUGAUGAACCGACCACAUAAAAACUGCAUCGGCGGCGGGCGCUCAUAUGUACGCGUGUAUGUAACUUCCAACACAGAGGCCUGUCCAGAAGGCGUCUCAAGAAGAAAUCCACGUUCAAAUAUUGUUAUAAUCCAUUAUAGACAGUUAUGAAGAUAGAACGUAGUUUUGUUCCGUUUUUAAGCUCGAUGAUAUAGAAAUUAUCAUCUUACAACAUGUCUAUGUUACAAGAGGGUAAAGAUGCUUAUUAUUAAAGAUGAGAUAUUUACAAAAUAUAAACUAGAUAGUUAGGUUUUGGCCAAAUUAUUUGCUGAUCACUGAUUAAAUACACUUCCUCUCGGAAAUUAAUGAUAAAUUAUACAAUAGGUACCUAUGACUGACGAGCUCUCAAGGCAAUGACGUCCUACACAAUCAAGUUUAGUGUUACCCUGGCCUGGAUGCCGGGGCACAAAGGAAUCAACGCAAAAACAUAAAUUUGGACAAGAGGCAACUAAGAGCCCUCACGAGGUUCCUAUCCCGCUAUUGAAGGCUAAAAGGGCACGUAGCCAGAAUGGGUCUUAGAGAUUCAAGCCUGUGCCGAUUCUGCUGUGAAGCCAUAGAAGACCUCAAGCACAUCCUACUGGAAUGCGACGCACUAGCUAGGAUAAGAUUGUGGUGUCUUUAAGUAACUUUAAGGAAGAGGAUGUGCCCUGCCUAAACCCUCUGAGAAUCCUACGCCUCUUAAAAGUAUGUAAUAAGGUCUUUAGGAUGAGAUAAAGUUCGGCAUAGUAAGGGCACACGUUCCCUAGCUAAUAACAGCCUCGAUUUCCACAUCUUAUUUUAAGGUAUACCGUAUAGGGAGCUGAGUGCGGGCGCGCUAUCGCAAGAAGGGGGCAUAAUAAGUCCUAGGAUGUAAGUGUAUUUCAAAACCCAAAUUUUAAUAAUAAAAAGCGGCCAAGUCCGACUCGGACUCGCCCAUGAAGGGUUCCGUAGCAGUAACAUACUUUAAAGGUUAUAUAGAAAGGGAAAUGAUAUUAAAUUAUUUAAAUGGAAAAGGCAAAAAAACUUUGCUCAAAAUCAUACAGUGAAAAUGAGCUCUCAUCAUUUAUACGUAUUAAAAAAAACUACUUACUAGAUCUCGUUCAAAUCAAUUUUUGGGGGAAGUUUGCAUGGUAACGUAAAUCAUAUAUUUAUUUAGUUUUAUCAUUUUCUUAUUUAAGAAGUUAUGGGGGGGGACACAUUUUACCCCUUUGGAAGUGUCUCUCGCGCAAGCUAUUCAGUUUAGAAAAAAAAUGAUAUAAGAAACCUAAAUAUUAUUUUUGAAGUUUAUCCCCAUACCCACACGUACGGGUUUGAUGAAUAAAAAAUUUUGAGUUUCAGUUCUAAGUAUGGGGAACCCCAAAAUUUAUUAUUUUGUUUUUCUAUUUUUGUAUGAAAAUGUUAAUGCAGUUCACAGAAUACAUCUACUUAACAUGUCUCAACAGUACCUACAGUUCUUAUAGUUUCGGAAAAAAGUGGCAUACCCGGACAGACAGACAGACAUGAUUUGGCUACGGAACCCCAAAAAUGACUGGUGCGACAUAAACGACAAUAAAGAGCAUUCGGUACUCGAUUCUAGUUCUAAUUAUGUAAUAAAAUUAGGUACUUAGUUAAUUUUGAACAAAUUUCCCAACGAAUAAAUGAAGUGUGUUUACAUCACCGCAUUGAGUGUCCACCAUCCCUCUUCCUACUUCCGUGCAGUUAGCGUAAUAUAAUCCGCGCGUCGGCCGCGCUUCCGUUACGUAAUUAAUUACUUAACUUUCAGUUAAGUAUAGUAUAGUCAAUUAUAGUUAUUUCUUCAAGACAUUCAUGAAUAACUAUUAAGCAACUGUUGUGUAAUAAGGGGUAUCAAAACACGAAUGGGGGUUUUCACGGGGCGAAGCAGAGUGUGAUAAUAGUACCACAUGAGUGUUUUAACAGUUGCAUACAAGACAUUAUCUACACCCAUAAUAUGAAUCCUCGAAUAGAUUGUGAAACAGCUUACUGCUAACAUUUAAAAAGCCAGUCGUAGUAACCAUAAUAUCAUCCAAAUAAUUAUUAUGAAAACGGAUGGUAUAAUGUUGUACUGAAUUUCAUUACAAUAAUCGUUUGGAUGAUGUAAUGGUUAAUAGGACAUUGGGUGUUAUAAUGUUGGCAAUAAGCAUUUAAAGCAUGGGUGUAGAUAAUUUUUUUUUUCAUAUCUGAUCGCCAAAUAUCACGUCCUCGAUUAUCGUUAAUCAUGUCAUCAUACUAAGCAUUCAUACUCUCAAUAAUGUUGUUAUUAUGGGCACAACAAAAUUGUAUCUCAUACUUGGCAUUCUUACUCUGCUUAAGUUUUCUUAUGAACAAAAAACAAAAUUGUAUCUCAUCUCUACCCUUCCUAAUGUUUUAUUUUGUAUGUAUUUAUUCAUAUAAUCCAUAGUUAUUUAAGUAACCUAAUAUUAUAAGACUGCCAGAUGAAGCCAGGGUUGUACAAUACAGAAAAAUAUUUCGUAGCACCUGUAUUUAACAGACAUAUUAUCUUUAUAUUAUUUUACUAUACAAAGAAAUUUAUUAAGGUUUGACUACUAGGUAACUAGCUCAUUAUAAGCAAACAUCGAUGGUGUUAUUUAAGUAGAACAAAAUCAUUACAGGAACAGGAGAAAUACUUUUAAGAAAUAAAACAUUUUUUUUUUA